AUGUCUAAUGGGGGAACUCAGAGUAGUUUAAGAAAAACACUUGGAGCUCUCAAGGAUACGACCACUGUCAGUUUCGCUAAAAUAAAUAGUGACUACAAGGAAUUGGACAUUGCUGUUGUGAGAGCUACAAAUCACAUCGAGGGCCCAGCAAAAGAAAAACACAUAAGAGCUAUUUUUGCAGCUAUAUCUGCUACCAGGCCUCGAGCUGAUGUUGCAUAUUGCAUACAUGCCCUUGCGAGACGAUUGUCAAAGACUCAUAAUUGGGCGGUUGCCUUAAAAACUUUGAUAGUAAUCCAUCGUGCACUGAGGGAGGUUGAUCCCACAUUCCAGGAAGAACUUAUAAAUUAUGGUAGGAGCAGAAACCAUGUGCUUAACUUGGGCCAUUUCAAGGAUGACUCAAGUCCAAAUGCAUGGGAUUAUUCUGCCUGGGUGCGUUCUUAUGCAUUAUUUUUGGAGGAGAGGCUGGAAUGUUUCCGAGUGCUGAAAUAUGAUGUGGAGACAGAGCCUCCGAGAACAAAAGAUUUGGACACUCCAGAGUUGCUUGAGCAAUUACUGGCUUUACAGCAACUUCUGUUUCGGGUUCUUGGCUGUCAGCCGCAAGGAGCAGCAGAUCAUAAUUUUGUUAUUCAGUUGGCCCUUUCUAUGGUUGCCACUGAGGGCAUUAAAAUUUAUAAUGCAAUAAGUGAUGGUACAGUUAAUUUGGUUGACAAGUUCUUUGAGAUGCAACGGCAUGAUGCUCUCAAGGCUCUGGAUAUAUACCAGGGAGCUGGCCAGCAGGCUGAGAAAUUGUCGGAAUUUAUUGAAGUGUGUAAAAAUCUUGACAUUGGGCGCGGAGAAAGAUUUAUAAAGAUUGAGCAGCCCCCUGCAUCAUUUCUACAAGCUAUGGAGGAGUAUGUGAGAGAAGCACCACGUGCUUCCACUAUUCGCAAGGAUCUGAACGUUGAUGAAAAGUCGAAGGUGAUAUUAUCCAUUGAGUACAAAAAGAAUUCAGAGGUGAAGGAAGACUGCUCGCCAUCACCAACUACACCUCCACCUCCACCUCCAGCUGAACCACAACCGAAGCCAGAACCAGAACCAGUUAAAGUGGAAGCACCUGUUUCAGAACCACCUGAUCUGCUGGGUCUGGAUGAUCCUGUUCCAGCUGCCUCUGCGUUAGACGAGAAGAAUGCCAUGGCUUUAGCCAUUGUGCCAGUUGGUGAACAACCAGCAUCCGCUGGGCCAAAUCUGUCAAAUGGAACUGCAGGCUGGGAAUUAGCUCUUGUUACAGCUCCAAGUUCCAAUGGGAGUACUACUGCUGCUAGCAAGUUGGCCGGUGGCCUCGACAUGCUUACACUAGACAGCCUAUAUGACGAUGCAAUCCGAAGAACCAGCCAGAACGUUAGCUACAAUCCAUGGUUACAAGCUCCAACGGCCACUCCCAUGAUGCCACAAACUGCACAUGACCCAUUCUAUGCCUCCAAUGUAAUGGCUGCACCACCUUCCGUACAGAUGGCAGCUGUGGCCAAUCAACGACAGGCUUUCAUGUACCAGCAGCAGCAGAUGAUGAUGAUGAUGGGGCCACAGCAGCCCAUAAACCCUUUUGAAACCCCGUAUGGAGCCAGUAGCCACCCUUACGGCUCAGGUAUGCCAGUUCAAGCCUAUAAUCAUCAUCCAGGCCUUGAGUAA